AUGAAGAUACGGCAAUCAUCUCUUCUUCGCGCUCUUAAGGGCGUAGCAACUGCCACCAAGACCGGAGAAUCCGAAGUAGAGUCGAUUAAGCGGUGGAUCUCAUCCGCUUCGACUGCGGGGGAUCCGGACGGCGAAGGUGGAGUGAAAGGUCUUUCGUUCGAUGAAUGGCAGCGUAGCCUAGAAGUCGGUCUUCAAGACGAAGGCGAAGAUUUGCAACAACUGGCCAGUCUCACCCUCGCCAUCGCAUUUCUUAGAGAGACAUGCCGGCAGGAUCGGCCGGCCCACGCGGACAAGCUAUCGCGAUGCUGGGAUCUAGUGCACGGCGCCCUUACCUGCAAAGCCCUCACCCGCGAUUUAUUUACGGCAUCCCGGAGCGCCCAAGGGUCCUUAGCUGUGCCCCUCUGUAGCCUUCUAGAAGACGGUAAUAUCGACGAGCUAUUCCGUCUCCUCCCUUUUGCUCAGAGCUGGAUAUUGGCGGGAGAAGGGAAAGACCUCUUAUAUCGAGUCGAGCCCGUCGGCGAGGCCGAGCAAGCAACGCAUGUUGAGUACGCGCUUGCGUGGAACGAUGCCAAUAGCAAGAGUCACAGCGCCGCAUACAAGACGCACCAGGCAUAUUCGAUUGUCCAGAACACCGGAAGGCUAGUGCGAGCAACGGAGACGGCAGAAGCGGUCCAUACGCGAAAUAGUAGUUAUACAAUCCCGGCCAAAUCGUUCCAUCGUACCGAAGUAGGCCCGGAUGUUUUACACGCUACUCUUCUCUUCUUUGACUCUCAUCGGGGAUUCUUCAAAGACGCCGGUGUCCUCGGGCCCAAGAACGGCAACUCAUUCGCGCAGCUCCGCGACCCGGCGGGCAUCACCCCGUUUGCCUUGGCAGAGAAGGUUGAGGCGGUCCGCUCAUGGGAGUUUCACAUGAACGAGGGUAGACAACAUGCUCAACGCAUCGAGUGGGAACAUGCCCUGCGUUCCUUCAACAAUGCAAUCGAGCUCUGCAAGUCUGACAAGUCCUUCCCGAAUGCCAGAAGAUAUAGGUACUUGGUUCUCAGCGAGCUGGGCAACACCAACAGACGGUUCGGGAGAUACGAGACGGCCAAGAACAUCCUGGAAAGCUCCACCACGGAGAUGGAACCGAGCAUGCAGAGAGUCGAGUUCAGCGGCGAGCUGGGCGUUAUGUACCGGCACAUGGACCGUCUGGAGGAUGCGAAGCGGGCUUUCGAGAUGCAAUACGAUACCGCCAGGGGACUUGGCCUCGAGCAGGAGAUGUGCAGAGCCAUCGGAAACUUGGGCAUGGUAAACUACCAAUUGUCUCAUCAGUGCAAGGACGACGGGCUUUUAGAUUUGGCGAUCAAGCAACUCGCCGAGCGAGUUAAAAGUGCGCGCCGCCUGAAGGGGGAAAUCGAGAAACGCAGUGGCCCGAAUCACGGCUCUCGAUCUGUCACUACGCCCGGGGAAACGUCCGAGGAACACCGCGGCUACCUACGAGAGCUGGUCGGCGUCGGCGCAGACAUGGAAAUCGUCGACGAGCACGGGCACACAGCGCUGGAUCACGUCGUGUUCAACGGCGACACGGAGACCGAGGCGGUCGUUCUCAACGGUCUCGGGAAGAAAGGAGCGACGAACAUCGCCCAGCGGCAGGCCGAGGCCCGUCUGAGGAAGGGUUACCGCGAGCUGUUCCAGGAGCACAUGCGGCCCACGCUACUCGGCGGGGGCGGGGACAAGGUGCGCGAUGUGAGACGGGUGUAUGCCGACGCGCUCGCCACGGACGGCGAAAAGGGGAAGAUGUUCGACGUGUUCAAAUUUAUGCGCUGGGAGGACUUUAGAAAGUUUGGCAGGCUGCCGAGGUCUAGUGACGGGCUGGCGCGGGAGCUUUUGUCGCGCCCGGCCGAGACCGUGGAGACCGGUGCCGAGUUUGUGAUAUUCUUCUCGUACCGGUGGAUCAACAAGGAGCCGGGCGCCAAGUCGCCAGACGACGGGGCCCACACGCAGUAUCGGCGGAUGCAAACCGCGGUCGAGCAGUUCCUGUGCCUUUAUCCUACGGUCGACCCGAACAAGCUAGGAGUUUGGACGGACUUUGCAUGCGUUGAUCAAGAUGAGCCGAGUGCCGGUAUCUCGGCACUACCCAUGAUCAUUGCACAGUGCGACGCAAUGAUCAGUCUCGUGGAUGACCAGUACUUCGAUCGGGGCUGGUGCUCUGUGGAGGUGAUGAUGGCGCAGACGCUGAGAAACGCAUAUGGAAUCUCGUGGCUCGAACAUGUCCACCAGGACGAGCACGAGUAUGGCUCUGGGUGGCGUUUAGGAGAAGCGGAGAACCGUGAGAUCGUUAUGAAAGACAAGCUGCUGACAUACGAGGAAGACCGCUCAAAGGUUUUGUUUUUAGAGAGACAAAGCAAGCUUUUGGGAUGA